AUUCUCCCCGUUCCAGUGCUAAAGUUUCGGGCUCCCUCGUUUUCCAGCGGGUUGCGGGCAAUGAAUUUCCCGACAGCGUUGCCAAAGGGCUGACCGCAGCUUUUCCACCCAAUUGCGCGAAUAGGGAAAACUUGACGCUCUCGCUCGCUCUCCCACACUCUCUGGCGGCGCCAUUCUCUCACGUUUUUACUUUAGCUUUGCUCUCGCUCGUUGGCUCUCGUAUCGGAGAACUGCUGGUGGCGCAGGAAAAUCCAUUUUCCAUUUUCCUACACGCGGACACUGGCUCAAACUAUCGUGUGCGGCGGACGUCCUUGUCGUGCGUGCGUCGUUUGCUCGCGCUGACGGUGUUUUUUGGGUUCAGGGAGCACACACAUCUCAUCGAGCAAACAUGGAAACAUAACUGGCGAGGCGGAAUAACAAGAAAGUCCCCCAGCUAGAAAUACUACCUAGAACUCUUCAUUUUCGCAAUCGCACACAAUUCCAAUUUCGAAUCGAUUGAGAUUGGUGCUGCAUUUCUAAUACGACAAGCAUAAUAAUAAGAUGCAAUUUUUUUUUCUGUGAGAUUUUGUCCUAUUAUUUCCAUAAUUUUCGGUGAGAGUGCUGUGCAACGAAAGGGAAUACGCAGAAACUUUUUUUUUUUUUGUGUUAGAAAAUCGCGAGAGUCCACGAAGGAGAAGGCCACAUAGAAACGAAAAGGAAAAGCGAAAACGAAGGAAAAGCAGCGCAAUAAGGUUUUCACCUGCACGCUCCGCGCUUAAGGAGCUGCGAAGGGAAGGCCAGCCCCUAACUGGGUGGCGGCCAUGAAAGCGUGCUAUAUAUGGAUGGAAGAAGUAAAAGGAGCCCCAAUCAAUUUGAGCAUCCAUUCAGCGUCUUGCGGUGGCUGCUGAAGGAAGCUGGCCGAGAAAAGGGGCACUCAAGCAGGGCUUCGCCGGCGUUAUUGGGGGCGUAACCUUUAACGGAAGGAAACGAGAAGCCAGCCAGCCAGCCAGCAAGCCAGCCAGCCAGCCGACCCGACCGAAUCAUGAAACAUUCAAAUAUUUCCAUACACAAGGACAUGAUGGAAUUCGGAUAACUGCAACAAGGAAACGCAACGCAACGCACACAACUUAGAAAUAGGACACUUUCACCGAGUACUUCAUUUAGUGGCUACAAACAAGAAGCGCGUUCCAGAGACCAUGAGGCGAACCGAUACUCUCAGCAGUCGAGGAGCGCGUAAAUGAAAGCAAACAAUCAAAGGCAUCAACUUUGAUAUCGAACCACCCCGAACCGGGACUCUUUUCCCCCCUCCGUUGGACUAUCAGAGGUAAGGAGGAUCAGGGGAGGAGGGAGGAGGAGGAGCAGCUCCACCAGGACCGGGAAGACCGGCGAGACCGGCGAGGUCCGCUAACGGGACCUUAGAGCGGUCAGGCAAAGCGGUCGGUCAUGGAACCACCCGGUGGUCUGCCACCGGACAGGGACAGGCAACUGGUGCUGCGCAAUCAGUCGUCGGCCCUUGUGCCCCUCGUGGUUGCCACACCAGCUCACCCAUCAGGAGCAGGAGUUCCCCCAACAACAGCAACAACAACAACGGCUAAUCCACAACCAAGUGGAACGGCAACGGCAACGCAGCCCAGUAAGCCAACGAGCUUGAGCCUCCAGCCGCAUGCCGUUCUGCAGGCGAUGCAACAGUUGUCCCCAUCGGGGGCGGGCGGGAACAACAAUGCCAGCACCGGUGGAGGUGCCACCACGGGUGGUGCAACGAGCAGCAGCAGCGGCAAUGCGAACAGCGGCAGCAGUCCCGCCCUGGCCUCCACCGCCACGGCCAUUUCGGCCACCACGCAGGCGGCGACCGCCUUCAGUGGCAGCUCGGUGGGUCACCACCACCUGCAGCAGCAGCCGCACCACCACCAUCCGUCGUCACAUCCCGCCGCCGCCACCGCCGCCGCAACCUCAGUUGCAGUUCCAGUGACCCACCAUCAGCAUCAUGGCUCCAUAUCCAUGGCCGCGGGAUCAGGGGGACUCAUCGGUUCUGGCAGUGGCAGCCAGCAGCAGGCCAUCGAGAAGCUGUCGCGACCCAUGGCCUUCGAUAAGAUGGAAAUGCUGGUGCGCGAGAUGCAGGAUCAGGAACACGGCGUGCCCGUCAGGCAGCAGAAAAUGUUCCUCACAUCCAUACCAUAUGCGUUUAUGGGAUACGAUUUGAUUGAGUGGCUGAUGGACCGCCUGCAAAUCGAGGAGUCGGAGGCCCUGAACAUUGCCAACCAGCUGUGUCUGCACGGCUACUUCUUCCCGGUGAACGACUCGAAGACGCUGACCGUGAAGGACGACUCGUCGCUGUACCGCUUCCAGACGCCCUACUACUGGCCGUGGCAGCACAAGGCGCCGGACAACGUCGAGUACGCCAUCUACCUGGCCAAGAGAUCGCUGCGGAACAAGCAGCGGCACGCCCUCGAGGACUACGAGGCCGAGGCGCUGGCAUCGCUGCACAAGAACCUGAAGGGCAAGUGGGACUUCAUCUCGAUGCAGGCGGAGGAGCAGGUGCGCCUGGCCAAGGAGCGCAAGAAGGGCGACAAGAUCGUGGGCGAUUCGCAGGAGCGGGCCUACUGGCGGGUCCACCGUCCACCCCCUGGCCAGUUCACGCCGCUGGAGCCCUGUCCAGUGCCGUCGCGGGAUCGCCAGGGCCUCAAGCCGAACAAAAAAAAGACUGUCGAUGACAUGCAGCGCGACGUUGACUACUUGGCCAAGUCGCUGAAUCGCACCAGGAUGAAGAUGUCGCAGGCCUGCGAGUCGCUGGUCUGCUAUUCGGAGACCUUCACCGAAUACGAUUUCUUUCUGCAGCCGGCACUGCCCUCCAAUCCGUGGGUCACCGAGGACAUCACCUUCUGGCAGCUGAACAACACCUUUGUCGACAUUCCCACGGAGAAGCGGGUCAAGCGCUGGGCCAUCUCCAUCGAGGAGCUCGUCUCGGAUCCCACUGGCCUGCAGGAGUUCACCGGGUUCCUCGAGAAGGAGUACUCGCACGAGAACAUCCGCUUCUGGAUCGCGGUCAACCGGCUGCGUCGAUCUGCCCACUCGCAGGUGGCGCGGAAGGUCAACGAGAUCUACGAGGAGUUUUUGAAGCCCGGAGCCCCUUGCGAAAUCAACAUUGAUGGCAAGACAAUGGAGAGCGUGCUGCGCGGCCUGAAGAACCCAUCGCGAUUCACCUUCGACUCGGCCUCGGAGCACAUAUACAUGCUGCUGCUGAAGAAGGACUGCUAUCCGCGCUUCAUCCGCUCGGAGCACUACAAGCGCCUCCUGGACACCGGGAUCCAGCCGUCGUACAAGAAGCGCUUCUUCAACUUCGGCGGCGUCAGCGGAGCCAAGAAGAAGAUGACGGCGGCGCUGAGCAGUCAACCGAACCUGGGGGAUGCGGCCAAGGGACCAGGUGGCGGAGGCACCUCCUCCGGCAGCUGUUCGAUGAUGCAGGCACCGCCGCCCGGGAAUUUGGCACGCCGACGUGGCAGUGAUCGCAGCCUGACGGGAUCCGCUCACGAGCUGGCCGUGAUUGGGGUGAACAAGGAUGCCGGGUCCAAGGUACCGCACUCUCAUUCCCAGAGCAAUCUCAGCGAAAUUCCCUUCAGUAGCGAUUCAAUUUAUCGAGGCGAUAUGCCACAGCGCCACAUGGCGAUCAUGGAUAUUGGGAUAUAUGCGGCCUACGGGAAUCGCGAAAGUAGUUUGCAGGCACUUCCAGAAACGCCAAAGACGAAGUCCACCGCCUUGGAGACCACGGAGUCCACAGCGUCGUCCACAGCCUUGGUUGUGGCAGCGGCGGCCAGCAGUUCCGUUUGCCCGUGGGACGAUCCUGCCGAGGAGCCAGCCGCACCGCCGCCUGUGAAGCUAUCCGUGUGUCCCUGGGAUCUGGAUGGUGGUGGUGGUGGUGGUGCUGGUGGCACCACAGAGCCGGCAUCGCCGGCGGUUUCCACUCCGGCCAUCGGAGCAGGCGGACCAGCGAAGAUCUCAGGCACCGCCGGUCAGGCAACACCACUGCGAUUGAAUAGCACUUCCUCGGACAACAGCGACGUGAACGAGCGGAUGCAGCGGAACCUGGGCAUUCGCCACCAGAACACCGUGGACAGUGGCGAAGCGGGCGUCAAGCGUUUGAUUCCCAACUUCCAGGAGCAGCGCCGGGCAUCGGUGUCAUUUACACCAAGCUGUACUCCGGACUUCCAGCUAGGAAGGACGCCGACGACCACCUCCUCACCCACUGUGAUCGCCAGCAGGUCGGCACCACUACAAGCGCGCAGUGCCGUUUACGGAAGUGGCUCGGUCAUUGCCAAGGAUCCGCCAUCCGGAUCGGAUGUGGAUGCCGAGCUGGAGGAGGAGCUGAACAAGCUGUCCCUUGGCGAGUCCUCGACCACGGAGCUGCCGCUGCUGGUAGUACCCACCCCCACGCAGACCCCGCCGCCCAUAACCAAGAUCACACCGCCACCGGGAGAGUCCGAGUCCGAUGACCAGGUGGCCACGAUCGCCGCGACAGAGCCGCCCGAUCCGCUAACUCCGCAGCCGAACGAGAUGCAGCAGGCCAUUGUGAAGGAGGUCCAGAUCGAGCUGAUCGAACAGGAAUGCAGCAGCAUUAGUGGUGGUGUUGGUGGUGGUGUCCACACAGAACCAGGAAGUCCGCCCACCAUCAAAGUCCUGGAACUGGAAGUGAUUACACCCGGUUCCGCUGAGUUUGCAGCAGUAACAGGAGGAGGAGCAACAAUAGCAGGAGGAGCCAUCAGUGGAGUGGACCAGGAACAAGUCGAUCAAUUGGAUCUGAUGGCCACCACCACCACCGAGGAUUCCCUGCUGGCGGACGAAAGAGAGCGGGAGGCCGGCGAAAUGGAUGCGCCGGUUCUCGACGAACUCUCACCCACCACCGACGAGUACCAGGAGGGAUUGCAGUUCGGCAGCGAUGCCAAGGAUGCGGUCGACGACUUCGACAGCAUAGACGUUGGCUACAUACCGCCUGCUCCGACUCCUGCCCCCUCGAUGGCGCCACUGGCCGAACUGGAUGUGGACACGGUGGACGAUGAGCCGUGCGAGGUGGCGCCACCUAGCAGGGAAUCGACGGCAGCGAUGGUGGUGGCGGCGACGUGCUCCUCGGCCACGGCCACGCCCACUUCCAGCAACGAAGAGGCGCGCAAGAGGCGCAAGAAACGGAAUGCGGAGGGCAAGAAACUUAGCAGCUCGCAGGAUGAAAAGGAUAAAGCCGGCGGCAGCAGCAGCAUGGAUACUGAUCACAAUGCCGUGUGUCCCUGGGAAGAUGAAAACGUCACCACCAACGACGGCACCUUCGUGAAGACGUACGCCACACUGGGAUACUUAUGAAUAAAGCCAAAUCUGUUCAAGACGGUGGUCAACAAGUUGCUGAAACGGAAGCCAUACAAGAAGUAGUAGGGCAUGGGUAGCUAAGUUUAUUAUACGGAGUAUCUAUUAUAUAAUACGUACAUGCAACACAUAUUAUGUAAAUGUAAGUAUUUCAAUAAUUGAGUGUAUAUGUAAAUGUUAAACGCUUCUCAUGUUCUUGAAACCACCAAACCCAACGAGGCGCAGUGGUUUAUUGCUGAAAAUUUCAAUAUAAACUAACAGAAAAAAAAAACACAAACGGUCUACGAACGCUAUCAAAAAUGAAUAUAUAUAUAUAUAUACAUUUCAUUUAAAUGAGUAUAUAUAUAUAUAUACUUUAUCUACAGACGUACAUACUUAUUUACAAAAAGCAAAACAAAAAAUAACUAAAAAACAAACGAAGUGGCUAUGGCUAACUAGAAUUACGAACAAGAGAGAAUCGUUUAAAUGAAAUGCACAAUAAUGCGUUAAAAGUUGAACUAACUCCAGUCGAAGAAUGCCGCCUUCUGAUCAGUUGUAAAAAACGAUAAGUGAAACGGAGCUUAGAUUCGGCGACAGAUACAACCUACUCUAAUGUAUACAAUGUAUAUGAUCUUUCUGCGCAUAAGAAGAACCAUUUUCCAUAGUUUAUUCUCGAAGCUACAUAUUAUAUAUAGCCCCCCUUUCAACCGUCUCAACCGUCUUAACAAGCCAAGACCGAUAAUAAAUAGCCCCCUGAUUGUACAAUAAAGUUAGGUCAAACUUGAAUUAGCACAAAAUGUCUGCGAUAGCCACAUGACUUCUUAGUUCCCCCAAAACAAAAACAAAAACAAAGAAAAACAAACAUAAAAACAAAAAAACCCAAACAUAAAAUUGUGCAAAUUUUACCUAUAGGCAGGGAUGUUGGUAAUGGGCAAAUUAUUAUUUAGAAUACCCAAAUUGUUUUAAAGGUGCCUUGAGCUAAACAAAAAACAAAAAAAAAAAAAAAACAAGAAAGAAACCUGCGAUUGGCGGUCAAUAAUGGGGACAAUACCAACCUAUGCUAUUUAAAAUUGUGAUGAAGAUCUGUUUGCGCACUAAACGCCCUUUGCCAACUCAAAAGCCCCUGAUUUAUUCAACUAGAAGUACAAAGUCUUAAUGCGGAUGUGACAUGGCCUAUAAACUAAUACUUAUUUCUCUUUUUUCGAUUCAGCCGCAGCCAGUCGUCACUCACAAAAACAUUUUACCAAAAUGUCCCUUGGAUAAUUAAAUGCACAAGUUAAAGCGCAAGUAGUUUCCAUUUGAUAGCCUUUAUUUUUUGCUUUGUUUAUUUCUCGCUUUAAUAGUUAAUAUUCGUUUCAUUUCACGUGGACAUGCCAAAACUCACGAGCCCCUAAUAAAUGUGCAGUGAAAAUGAAACACAAGCUAAAAAAUUAAUAACUAAAUAAACCGAUUUUUAAAAUUCUGUGCCACCAAAGUUUAGAUUUCUCCUGGAAUAGAUUAACCCAGAAAGUCUUAAGUUUGUUUUUAAAAGAAACUAACUUGCGCCAAUAACUUGUGCGUUUUAGAUUAUAAACUACGUCCUAUGACUACUUAGUAAUUUUCUCUAUUUGACUAGAAAAAUGUAUUGAGCUGCCCGCCCAAACAAUCGCAGAAAUCGAGCUAUGCUGUAUAACACUAACAACUAAAAACAAACAAGCAAAAAAAAAUAAAAAAAAACCAAAAAAAGAAAAAGAAAAACCAACAUCGAUGGAAGUGAACCGUGAUGGCCCGCAUCUUUAAGAUCAAAUUACUGUUCCAUUCGAACGUGUUAACCUUAACAAAAACCAAAAUGAUUAGAAAAUCAAAUUAAGAUGAAAUCCUGGUUGUUCGCGACUAAUACCUUUAUAUGAAUCGAAAGAAGAUUAACUUAUCGAAGAACUAUUACAAUCUAAGUAUAUUUCUAUUUUCAUUGUGCAUAUGAAUUAGCUACUUACUGUCGAUGCCCGUUUUGCUGGUAAACAAUCUUUAUAUGGGAUGUCUCUGAAUUCUCUUUGUGCUUUCUAUGCUAAAAAAAAACAAAUACAUUUUUCAACUACUUCAAUUAACAAAAGCAAAAGCAAAACCAAAAAUAAAACCAAAACCAAAAAACUGUAUAACGAUAUGUACCAAAAUGUACCAAGAAGCGAGUUAAAUGCCGAAAACCUAAGCAAAUCAAAGCAAAAUGUUGCAUAGAUAUUACGAAUCCGAGGGGUACAUACCGAGUAUAUAGAGAUAUAGGGACGAUUUGCCGAGUGUAGGGCGUGCGUACAAAAUAUGUACAUGAAACCACCGUUAACUUUGCUUAAUGCGAGCCGAGCAAUUAAAGAGUUAAAAAAUAAAUAAAUAAAUAAAGAAAUAAAUAAAUAAAUAAGAUCAGCAGCAGCAAUAGUUUCAAAUUGUUGUCAAAAUAUAAUAGCAGCUUUUAGAACAACACCAAAGAAGUUGUAGUAAAUGCGGAGGAAAAUUGUAUUGUUGUUGUUUUUUAUGUACAUUUACUUUUUUGUAUUACCGUUGUUGUAAGUCAAAUAUGCCAAAAAAAAAUAGUUUAUUAAGAGUUUACAACAAAAUUUAAACGCAGGCAAGAUAUGAAUUACUUUAUCGCAAAUCGCAAGAAAAAGUUCCGAAUGUUUUGAGUAGUCAAUGGUGAAUAUCUUUUAAUUGCUUAUACUACGUGUUCCCAUACAUAUUUAUGGGAUCCUUGCCGAAACAGAAAUCUUUACUAAAUAUUAAACAAGAGCGGCUGUCGACUUUACUUUUCCCGGUACUCAAAAAACCUGCAUCCCAUUUAUUUACUGAUUCAAUAAAAUGACAAAACACUAAGCCAAUUAAAUAAACUGUUAUUAUAUAAUAAUUAAUAAGGUAACAAAUGAAUACGAUAUGUUACCGUUUAUUUAAUCUGUUGGCUCUUAGACAUUAAAAAAAAAACCAAGUUAAUUUAUGGCUUACAAUUUAAUUGCAAAAUAUUACAUAUAUCCUCUCCUUUUUUUAAAUCCAUCAUGCAUAUGAAGAUGUUCAUUGCUUGAAUAGAAAUAUUCAUUUCAAAAAUUUUGUUUUACCAAUCAGUACAGUAUUUAUGAUUUUUGGAGCGAUUUAGUUUUAAUAAUGAAUGUUUAAAUUCUAACCAAACUUAUACUUUAAAAGCAAAAAUGUUUAUUUAACUGUAUUAUAUAUGAUUUUUUGAGUGCCGGGUAAAUAUAGAACUAAAAUACCAUAAAGGGUCCGAUGAAGAGAUUAAGCCGCCACAGCGCCAUUUUGAUAAUAAACAAAACAGAAUUCGAUAACUAAUGUAUGUAUGUUUAAUAAAUUACAUAAGUACGUACUACUUCACGCGACAGGUGGGUAGCAUUGCCCUACAAAUAUUUACUUUAAUUUCUGGAUAAUUAGUGCUCAUAUCACUGAUUAGAGAACAGGAAUGCGCAAAACAAUAUGCUUAAUACAUAAGAUUCCAGAGCUUUUAGUAACGCCAUGUAAAUUCUGGGUCAUGAAUACAGUUGUGAAGAGUGUAACCGAGGCGUUUGUUAUUAUGUAUUCAAGUCAUUUACUAUAAGUGUAUACAGCUUAUACUAUUAUAAAAGUGUUAAAAACAUGAAUUAUUUUGAGAAAAACAAAAACACAAAAAAGAAUAUACAACAAAAAUGUUAGUCGGUAAAAAAAAAAUCAAAUGUAAAACAAUUUAAUGUAGACUGUACUAAAGAAUUCAAGGAAAAUUGAAUAUCAACACUCCAUCACGCAAAUAACUAAAAGGAAAUUCGCAAAUUGAAUAGAAGUUGAUGGGAAAAUUAUUUGCACAGUGCAGAAAAACGUGUUAUAAAAUUAUUAUACUAUACAAAAAUAUAUAUUAUUGAAUUAUGCUGAUGAAAUUAAAACCAUAAAAGUAUGUAAAAAAAAUUCAAAUACAAAAUGAUUUAAAUGAAGUACAAUAAAUAUUCAAGUGACGAAAAUG